AAGGCACAAAAUCCCAGAAUCCAACGCGCUGUUCUGUGGGAAGGUGACAGCGGACGGCGAAAAUGGCGUCUGCUUUUCUUACUCACCAGCAGAAAGUGAUGAGACUUUACAAGAAGUCUUUAAGGCACCUCGAAUCAUGGUGUGUAUUUAGAGACAAAUACCGUUUCUAUGCCUGCAUUCUCCGGGCUCGCUUUGACGAGAACAAGAAUGAAAAGGACAUGGUGAAGGCCACUAUGAUGCUAAAGGCAGGCGAGGAGGAGUUCUGGGCUAACCAACAUCCCCAGCCUUACAUCUUCCCUGACUCUCCUGGAGGAACCUCCUAUGAAAGAUAUGAAUGCUACAAGGUGCCAGAAUGGGUGCUGGACCAUUGGCACCCCUCAGAAAAGGCCAUGUACCCUGACUACUUCUCCAAGAGGGAGCAGUGGAAGAAGCUCAGACUGCAGAGCUGGGAUAGAGAGGUUGCUCAGCUGGAAGCCGAAACUCCAGCUGGUGGCCCCAGGACCGAAGCUCUGCCUCCUGCCCGCAAGGAGGGUGACCUCCCCCCUCUGUGGUGGCAGUUUGUCACCCGCCCACGAGAGCGUCCCACAUAAACACCUCACCUCUCCUGAGAUUAGUCAGUCUGGCUAUCUGAGGGAAAACCUGCCCAAACACACAAUGAGAACACCAAGACUGACUGACCUCCUGGUACAAUCUGUCUGAAGAGUCAUGCCUGAUGGAGUUCACCUUUACAGGCUGCACCACUAAGUUAACAACCUGUCUGAAUUCACAGUUUAUGACUCUGAAAAGUUCUGUAGAUGUUCAAAUUAAUACCUGUAAUUAAUAAAGAAAUGUAUAAUCAGUUUUA